AUGGCCAGAACCCCCCUGCUGCCUUUGGAUGUUUCCUAUGUCGACAAGUGGGAGGCUCCUCCACCGCCUCGACCCGCAAAGAAAAUAUGGCCCCAAGCCUCAAGGCCCAUGACAGACCCAUCGCAGUUACUUCCAGACUGGAGUAUCGAUGAGCCUGACCUUUUUGACCAUGAAACAGAAGCACAAAUUGAAAGAUGUCACUCGAGAAUUGCUCAAAAUAUCUUCCCAGAGCUUUUUGAACAAAAGCUAAAAGAAUUCAUAAAGGAAAAAAGCAGAAAAGAGUACGUUCCGGAUGUGGCAAAUUACCUGUAA